AUGACGAGUCUACUCUCCUUUUUACUUUUCAUCGAACUUUGGAAGCUCACAACUUCUGAAACCUAUAUGGUCGCAGUGAAAGGUUCACCUGUCCCCAGCACUAGCUAUGGUACAUCUCAAGUUGGGAUAGCUGAUUGGCGAGACUGUGCGCAAAAGUGUCUUGAAUCGUCUACGUGCAUUCUCGCAUAUUCUAGUACAGAGGUAUGUGUUCUGUACGCUGUUGGAGAUGUGAUUCAAGUGAAGAAUGAUCAAGAAGGGUAUGCGAAUGACAAGGAGGAGAAGGUCGCUUUUAAGGUACAAUCCAGCGCUGAUAGCUGUACUUACAUGGCAUCGGGCUUGUUGGAUGGAAUAGUAACUCCUUAUAACAAAGAACACAUUGACAGCUAUGAAAUUAAAACAACUCCCGAGUUCUACACAAUCGCGUACACUUAUGACAGUAACAUGGAUAAAUGUGGAAAUUGGUUCGAGCCGAAGCCUCAAUGCUCGGUCUGCACAAGCACCAUGUUCAGUUCGUUCUUGAAACAAGAGCCCACUGGAACUGUCGCUGAGCAAAUUGAGUUUGUCUCCUGGAGUAUGUGCCUGUUCGAGUGUAGCUCUCGGCCUGAUUGUUUUAUGGCCGCUGUGGACUUGGGGAGUAACAAGUGCAAAGUUUACAACUAUGGAGGUGUCGAUCAAUUUGAGUACUCUGAUGCACCAACAACGUUUGCAGGUGGUUUAAAGUAUACUCCGGCCAGCUACACAUGUUCUUCAAACUUCAGCUCUCUUUCCGAUGGACGUUAUGUUCACACUCUGACAUCCACACCAUACUCAUCAUAUCAAUACAAUGGUACUGCGGUUACUUGGAUUCCUAGACAAAGCUGUAAGGAUGCGGAUGCACAUUUGUACACAGGACUUCCCGGAUGUUUUAAGUUCAUUCGGAUGCCCUGGCCUAUCAAACAUCCUCAAUCGUACUCAACUGCAAUCUGUGUAGCAUUUGGGGCAGAUGGACUGAUGCCGAUUCCCGGCGCGGGUGGUUAUGAUGUUUUCUAUGCGAUUAAACCCCUACAAAGAACAGUGGAUGUUGGAUACGUGCGAGAUAAUACAACUAAACAAUAUUUCUGGCUGCAACCACAGCUUAGGCUUGACGACUCGCCCGUAAUUUGGAAUCAUGAUAACCCGUUUAAUGAACAUGAUUGCUCACUUCUUGUUAUUGGCGGCAAGAACGAAGCAGAACGUUUUCUCGGUUCAGUUUGUGAUGAACCAAGCAAUUACGGGCUGGUCUGCCAUUUUGCCUCUUGAGGAACCGUCGGAUAUUUGGUUUGAACGAGACAAUGUCUAAUGUAAAUAAUUAUUCUUGUCACUAUUCUAGGACUUUUUUGGGAGUAGUUAAUCAUAAUAAAACAAUCUUAUUAGG